AUGACGCGGAGGGAGAAAGAGCCUGGAUCCAGCCUGGAGGCGGCCCGCAUAUCGCGACUGCCCGGCGACGCCUUCUACAUUCCAGAAUUUAUCACCGACGCCGACGAGGCGAAUCUCUUGCAGAAGAUAACAUCCGCCCCUCUUCCCCACUGGAAAAACCUCUCCAGACGCCGCCUCCAAACCUAUCCUUCAUCCCUGACAAGCUCCAACACCCUGCUCUCCUCCCCGCUACCUUCCUGGCUAACCACCCCCAUCAUAACUCCCAACUUUACCGCUCUGAACCUUUUCGCCGACUCCCCGCACAACACCCCAAACCAUGUCCUCGUGAAUGAGUAUCAGCCUGGACAGGGGAUCAUGCCCCAUGAGGACGGGGCUGCAUAUCACCCGCUUGUUGCGACGGUGAGUUUGGGCGCGGAGAUUGUGUUGGAUUUGUAUGAGAAGAGUAACAACCGGGAUAAUGAUACGGAUGAGGGCAAUACCGGGGACAAAGAAGAGCAAGCUCGGCAGCCGAAAUACCGGAUCUUGCAGGAGAGGCGCAGCCUGCUGGUUACGCGAAACGGUCUCUACAAGGAUUAUUUGCAUGGGAUCGCGGAGCGGGACAGAGAUGACGGCCUUGCGCCGGAUUCGAUUUGUAACUGGGAGCUAUUGGGCGAACCGGAGCGGUUUCGCGCUGGGUGGUAUAUGAGGGAGACGAGAGUGAGUUUGACAUAUCGCGAUGUGUUGAAGGUUGCGAAGGUGGGGAAUACGAUGCAGUUUUUGAAUAGAAAUAUUUGA